CUCUGACGGGUCCAAACCUGCAGCAGACCGUGGAGGUCUGCGUCUCGUCCACACAGUCUCACCUGGACGCCCUGGACAGUUUGACUCAUGUGGACGUGCUCAGUUUGCUGCGUGGCACCGUGGUGGACAUCUCCAACAGGCUCUUCCUGGACGUGCCUCUCAAUGAGACAGAGCUGCUGCUGAAGAUCCAGAGGUACUUUGACACGUGGCAGAGCGUCCUGAUCAAACCUGACGUCUACUUCAGGUUGGGCUGGCUCCAGCAGAAGCACCGGGCGGCAGCCCAGGAGCUGCAGGACGCCAUCCAGAGUCUGGUGGAGCAGAAGAGGAGAGACCUGGAGCAGGCCGAGACACUGAGCAGCAUCAACUUCACCGCUGACCUCAUCUUCGCUCAG